AUGCUUUUCAAUAUUGUAUGCACUAUUGCUUUCUGUCACUUUUUACUGAUUGGCAGAGUUCUUGCGCAGACGCCAACAACAACUGUUCCAGCUUUCUCUAGAUGUACUUCUCCAUGUCCCACCGAAACUCCAGUUGGGCAGCCAGACCCAAGGUUUGUCUGCGGCGACAAUAGACUAGGUCCAGUCGAUUUGCCUUCAGAACCACCCAUCGCGGAGAUGCUAGGUGGCUAUGAACAAUUUGGAGGGCUAUGCCCUCGAGAUUAUUUUUAUCACUGGUUCAGUGACAUAAACCAGCACUAUAUAAACCCACCUGGAAAUGGAUUUCUACUAGACGCAUACAACAGGUCGAUGUAUACAGAAGUCACGAUUCCAGUCGGCACUCUCCUUGAUCGUUUUGGCGGGCUCAAUGCGAGUUAUCUAUCAAUCUUGGGAACUGAUUAUGUUCGACGCUCUAUUUCACCCGGAAACCUGAGUCGCAGAAAUAGCACAACUGCUGCUAUCUAUUACGUCUUCAACGUCACACAGCCCAUCCCGGCUCAAUACGGUCGAAGUGCUCCUUGGUAUGGCCAGCCAGGAGGAGAAUUGCAGUACUACCUACCGAAUUCCUCUACUCAAAUCCUCAUUGACCAGGGCUCAUUGGAACUUAUAGAGUCACUUUAAUGUGUGAGAAACUGACACUGGGGCAAGGUUCUCAUUAUUUUGAACAAACUAAAGCAUCGGCAUUCAACAUGACGAUAGCAGUCCUAGGAAAGAAAAGGGAAGAUUGAUUAGUCUAGUAUAUUUUAGAAGCUAUACGUAUGAAGAUUAAUGAUACAAGAUUGCAC